AUGUCUCGAUCGAACCAAGAAGCCCUGGCCGAUUUCGUGGCCGACGCCCCUCCCGGAGAGCUCAACCAGGUCGUUGAGGCCAUCAGCACCGUCGUUGAUGGAAACAGCUCGAUUCUGUCCAAACUGGAAACCGACGUUCACAACAAGAUUCUCGACCAAUGCAUGGUUGUGUCUCUCGGCAAGUCCAAGUCCCUGGUCUCUAAAUAUAACCAGCUUUCCAAGGACACCUUCUAUGACAGCCAGAGUGGCCAGAAGUUCGAGUUCGAUUUUGAUACAAAGAAGGCCACCCCCUCGGGCUCCCAUGGCUCUGACUCGCCCAUCCAAGGGGCUCUCGAUAAGUACUUUUCUGCCCACUUCCCCUCCGAGGGGGCUGCUGGGGUUUUUCCUCAGGAUGACGGAUCUAUCGCCCUUGUGCUUGUGGAUGGCAAGUAUAACCCUGCCAACUACUGGAACGGAAAGUGGCGGUCUGUGUACAUCUUCGAGAGUGGCUCUCUGAGCGGAACAAUCGACGUGGAUGUGCAUUACUACGAGGACGGAAAUGUCCGUCUCAAGUCCAGCGAGAAGGUGGACCUUGGUUCUGUGUCCGAAUCUGACAUUGUGGACGCCAUCUCCAAAGCCGAGCAGCAGUUCCAGGAGAAGCUCAACAAGUCAUUUAACGGUCUAAACGAGGAUUCGUUUAAGGCCCUGCGACGACAGCUGCCCGUGACUCGAUCUAAGAUCAACUGGGGCAAAUCCAUCUCCAACUACCGGCUGGGUAAGGAUAUUAACGUUGGUGGAGGACGAGAGUAA